GCGAGUUAGUUUAAGCUAGCUAAUUAAUUGCUGCGUCAUUCGCUAGUUUGACAGGUGUUGGUCGUUCGUAGCAAUUUGUUAAUAAAACUGAGUGCAAAGAAAAGUGAGCGGGGGUAAUUUUGUGGUUGAGAGGCAUAAUUAACACGAAUGUUACUUGGUGUUAACGUUAUAGUCUGCGGAGGAGACAACAAACUAGUCUCCUGUUUGUUUUGUCGACCUGCCCCUUCUUUUAACAUGUAAGUUGGUAGGUGGAACAACAACAAUGGCGAGCACGGAUAUUGUUUAUGAGCAGGUUCACUUCAGGCAUGACCCAAAGUGGAGCGUCCGCCUGCRGUCUGCUGAGGGCGGCGGGCUGCUGCUCUGUGUGGCCUGUGCRAUUGAAAUGAUGGAGACCGAAGAAAUGGCCUCGGUGAGGAAAUGUUUUGCCUUGUCGAGUAUAAGUGGGAUCCUGAAGAGCUCUGCGGGGGCUUUGAGGGAGCUGUUUCGACAGGACCACAGAGUCACUCUGCAUUUUAUUACCACGUUAUUAGGUAUGCUUCAGACUGAGCAGGACCUGGUCAYGGUGGAAAAGGUUGACCAAGUGCUGGUUCAGCUGCUACUUGAGUUUCACAAUGAGCUGCCAUUUCACUUUGUUCUGGAUGAGGUCCACAAACAGCUGAGCGGCCAGCUCAGUGGGAAGCGUCUCCUGCCRACKUUCAACUUCCUGGGGAACCUUGUGAAGACGGUGCCCAACGUGGCUCACAGCUUUAUUACUCAGUACGUUCCCCUGCUGGAUCACCUGUGCUCUGCUUUGGCAUACCCAGACGAAGCGCUGAAGACUUCAGUAGUGUAUGUUUGGCUGCAGCUGAUGCAGACAUUUGGAGACGCCGGGGCGCAGUACCUGCCCAUUGCCACUAGGGACAGAUUAUGCACCCUGCUGCUGCAGACGUUUAGCAAYGCUAGCUCAGCGCAGCUCAUUAAAAACUGUGCAGGCCUGCUCUGGCAGCUGGUCAAGUACGAAGAAGCCGUGUCGGUUCUGAUGAGCAGCUCCGGCGGCCMGCUCAUGUGCAACGCGAAUGAGGACGUCCUCACCAACAACAGCCAGCCCCUCAUCCAAGACCAAGAGCAACAACCUGCUGACCACAGCCUACUGCCUCUCCUGUUGAAAAAGUUGCUGCUGAGUGGUGAUGAGGCGCUGCAAGUGACCAGUGCAAAGUGCAUCGCUGCCAUUUUGGUUCAUUCUCCCAGUCAGUACUGCACUCUCUGCAUCAAGGCCGAUUUACCAGGUUUCCUCUUUGACCGUCUGGCCAGCAGCAGCAGUGAGAUGCUGCUGUGGUCCAUCUACAGCUGCUUGGUGUUGCUGAGUGAGGAGCCGCUUUUCUUCUCCCAAUGCCACUCCGUAUACGGCAUCGAGUCCCUGGUGCGCAGUCUUAAGSAGGCUUUACAGCUGAGCAAUCUGGAAGCACCAAAACAAGGUUUUCUGCUCCUCACCGCAAUACUUGAAAGACAGCCACCAGGCGUACAUCUGUUCCCCAGCGCUUCAGGGUUCGUGGCGGUGUCAGAGGCGGUGAAAGUUGGCGUCUCCUCCUCCUGCCUGCUGGUCGCCGCGCAGGCCGUCAAAGCUGCAACCGCUUUGUUCAGACUCAACCAUCAGUGCAGGCCAGUCCAGUACCAACAGCUGGAGGAACUGGUGGAGGCCAUCAGCAGCAGGUUCCCUGAGCUGAUUCUGACUUCCCCUUCUCAUCGACGCAGCAUGGGAAACAAACGAAGUUCAGAUUCCAGCAGCCAGACRUUUCGGUCCAAAGGAUUUCUGCUCCAGGCUCUGAUCUGUUUCCAGGCAGCCUGCAGGCUCGCGGAGGAGUGUGCGUCAGCGCCGGCUCUGAUGAAGAACCCGUUCACGGCCCCUUAUAAACACAGYGGCGCUCAGGAUUCGCUGGAGUCCGUCUGCCAGUGUCUGCUGCGCUGCUGCGACUCCGUGUGGAUACCAGCCGUGCUCAAGACAUGCGACGGUCCGCCUAGCGCCCAGAUCCUGGAAAGACAUCCUGGAGUCCCUGGAAUAAUUACCGUUGUCUCAUUGUCGGAUAAUUGCUCUCCUCCUCACCUUCUCACCCCUCCAGUGUCUUCUGGUUUCUAUCGGCUGGCGGUGGAGCAUAAAGCCCUCCUCUGUGCAGGAAACAGGAACCCAAAUCUGAACGCAGCUUGCUGUGGUUUUCUGCAGAAACUCAGCAUGUGUCUCCUCUUCCAGUCAGACCCUCCCUGUGGCUCCAGUCACGACUUUGAUGAGGUGGAAACUUUUCUGCAGUGCAGCCUUUCAGCUCUGCGCUGUCACCUGUCAGACUGGCCGUCUCUGCUGUGUGAAUAUCAAGAACCGAGGGCUGUCCAGUACUGCCUGGUGAUGAUGCUCUACCUGGCUCUGAAGCAAGGAGACAGGCUGCUCCCGGACCAGGCCGUGUUCUCCAGCGUGGUGGUGUUGCUGCAGUCRGUGCAGGAGCAGGGCGACUGCGUCCUUCCCCGCUCUGUCCUCCGCUCUGCCCUCUACUUGCUGGCAGUGACCCAAGACAGGAGCCCGAGUCUCGACGGGGCUCAUUUGAACUACGUUAGCAAAGCGCUGUCAUCCUGCCAGAGCUUUGCCUCCCUCUACAGCCAUCACCCAGCGAUGCUCCACUUCAUCUGGCGCUAUCCAGAGCUGGCGCAGAAGUACGGCGCCCUGGUCUUGGAGCUCUGGUUGGCCAAGAAAUCGCAGACAGGAGCAAGGCAGGACACUCAGAGUGAUGUAAACACAGAAAGCCAAACACAGCAGCAAGAGCAGAAUCAGGAAUCAGACUGGGAAACCUCAGAGCUGCUGGCUCUUAUGGAGAAACACCCAAACGUGAUGCUGACCCUUUUGGACAUGGUUGUCGGCGGAGGAGCUCCUGUUGCAGAACAUGUCCUGCAUGUGCUAAAGGUUCUUCUGCUCGGAAAAAGAGAGUUUGCGACAGAUUUGUGCGCAAGUCUUAGGCCAGCCCUGCUGCAGRCCUUACAGCGGAUCAGUGUGGACAAYGUGGCUAAUGGGCCAGGACAAGGUCACGCUGCAGCAGCGGCCAGCUCGCUCCCCGUGGUGCUGAAGCUGCUCUGUCUGAUGCAGGCCAGCGACCCGCCUUCACCCUCCAUCUACAGUAACAUGGAGGGAGUGUGUUUCAAGCUGCUCUACCACGUCAGUAGCGUUGCUGGGAUACUGAAGCCUACCGACACAGAGAGCCUGCUGCCUGCCUUCAACUUCUUGCAGUGCUGCCUGCGUCUGUCCCCGGCACACAGCAGUGACCGAGCGGUCUCUGUGUUGCUCUCCAACCGUGGGCUGAUGGACCAGCUGCAGACAGUCGUCUCUUCCUCCUCCUCUUCGUCUUCCUCCUCCGCUCCGUCCCCCCCUCCAUCCUCCUGUCCUCCUUUGGCUUUGCUGUGCUGCAGCCAUCUUCUCCUCUCCUCCCUCAUUACCUUGCAGCGCGUUCACUCCACUCAGGUUCAUAAGAGCGUCAUUUGGAGUCUGGACACGGCCGUGCACCRACUGUUUUGCCAAAAACGAAACACAGACAAUCUCUUGCUGGUCAGCUACCUUCGGAUGCUGCAGGCUUUGCUURACGUUGACCUGGCGUCACCAGUGGUGUGUCUGAGCACCGGGCCCGGACUAGUCGGGCCCCGGCCUCUGGCGCCUGAAGAUGGAGCGCUCUACCCACUUGGCUCGACGGGGGCCCAGUGCCUCCUAAUCACUCUCAGUGGUCUUCUUAUGCAGAAACACGAGUUGCUGCUGAGAACGUCKGUGAACUGUCUGAGCUCCCUCCUUGGCUUCCUUAAAAGAAAGAAUCCUGAUAUAGCCAAGCAGGCAGUGUGUCAGCCUUGGUCUCAGUUCCUCCUCGACUGCAAUUUCAGCUCAGGAGAAAAAUGCCUUCUGCACCCCGCUCUUCUCAGACUCAUCACACUUUUGUUGCAGUACGGCAGCACAGCGGUCCUGUGGGAGCCGGACCUGCUCCGUGUGAUUGAUACUGUGGAGAGGAGUGGGAUAAAGGAGCUCAACCACGAGGCGGCACGGGCGCUAAGGUCGCUUCUUGCACAGGUCCAGAGCAGCGUUCCACUUCCUACGGAGGACCACAAGCUGAGAGUCAGAAAAMUGCUGGAGUCGCUCGAACCACAGACAUCUGCUGAGAGCUGCAGCGUGUCCAACGUUUUAAACGUCGGAGACGUGUCCCUCUGUGUGUCUGAGUUCUCUCUGAAAACAGCCUGAUUUUGUUUUUUUGUUUUUGUUUUGUUUUUUCAUUUCUAAAUCUUUCUUUCUUCUUUCUGGCUGUGUUCCUCACCGUACCUCCUUUAUCUAACAGCCGCUCAGCAGAUUACGAUGAAGGUUUUUGUUGAAGGGAGAAAAGAAAAAAAAAAGAUCUGACAUUGAUUGUGCAGAGAGGAAGGCCUUCGCUGCCAAAAAGGAGCAGAUUUUGGCGUCGCUCCUGAGAGAGCAAGAAAUGUCAUUGUAGAACAAAAAACGUCCUUGGUGACAUUUUUCUGCAACGUUUGUUGUGUUUACUGCUGGUGGAAUGUUGUUUGGGUUUUUUUAGAAGACAAAUAAACCACCGUUUAGGACUGAC